AUGGCCCCGUCCGCAACAGGCCACAUGAACGGCGCCGUGCCCCGCAUCCUCGUCCCGGAGAAGGUCUCGCCCGACGGGCUCUCGCUGCUGCAGGACGCCCACUUCGAGGUUGACGUGCGCCCCGGGCUCGCGCCCGACGACCUCCUGGCGCUCAUCCCCUCGUACCACGCCCUCAUCGUCCGCUCCGAGACCAAGGUCACGGCGCAGGUGCUCACGGCCGCGGCGAGGCUCCGCGUCGUGGCGCGCGCCGGUGUGGGCGUUGACAAUAUCGAUGUGGAGGCUGCCACCGCGCAGGGCAUCAUCGUUGUCAACUCUCCCGCUGGCAACAUCGUAGCUGCGGCGGAGCAUACUAUUGCGCUCCUCCUGGCUACGGCGCGGAAUGUCGGGAGGGCGGACGCGGGCGUCAAGGUUGGGAAGUGGGAGCGGAGUAAGCUAGUAGGCGUCGAGGUGGCCCGGAAGGUGCUGGGGAUCGUUGGGUUGGGAAAGGUUGGCAUGAAAGUUGCUAGGAUGGCCAUUGGGCUGGGGAUGAAGGUCGUGGGCGUUGACCCUUACAUGAGUGCGGAUGUUGCGAGGAAGAAUGGGGUGGACAUGGUGGGCUCGCUAGAGGAGAUGCUGCCGGAGAUCGACUUCCUGACGAUUCACACGCCGUUGAUCGCCAGCACCCUGAACUUAUUGGGGGAGAAGGAGUUCCAGUCGAUGAAAAAGACAGCCAGGGUGCUCAAUGUCGCCAGGGGUGGGAUCUACAACGAGGAGGCGCUCGUCAGGGCUCUGGACGAAGGGUGGAUCGCCGGAGCGGGCAUCGACGUCUUCACGAGCGAGCCGCCCAAGCCCGACUCCACGGCGGAGAAGCUCUCGCAGCACCCCAAGUGCGUCGCAACGCCUCACCUGGGUGCCUCGACCGUCGAGGCGCAGGAGAACGUCUCGCUGGAUGUGUGCACACAAGUCGUCGAGAUCCUGCGCGGCGGGCUCCCAACAGCAGCAGUCAAUGCCCCGCUGAUCCUGCCGGAGGAGUACCGCAAGCUGCAGCCGUACGUGCGGCUGGUGGAGCGGAUGGGCGGGCUGUACACGCAGCACUUUGUAGGCCGGCGCGGCGGGAUGAUCGGCGGGCGGCGGUUCGAGCUGCGGUACCACGGCGAGCUGGCCGGCGUGUCCAACACGCGGCCGCUGUUCGCGGCGCUGGUGAAAGGGCUGACGAGCAGCAUCAGCGACAGCGGCGGGCGCGACGUCAACAUUGUCAACGCGAGCCUGAUCGCCAAGGACAAGGGCAUCGCCAUCAGCGAGACGCACGCGCGCGAGGCCAGCGAGGAGAUGGUGUACGCGUCGCUGGUAACGCUGCGGUCGUCGUCGUCGCAGGGCGGCGGCGAGGGCGAGGAGCAGCAGGUGAUCGAGGGCUACGUGAGCGGGGCCGACGUGCAGAUCAGCCGGCUGGACCGCUUCACGUGCAGCUUCGCGCCCGAGGGCACGCUGCUGGUGCUGCACAACUACGACGAGCCCGGGAAGGUGGGCAACGUGGGGAUGAUCCUGGGGCGGUUCGGCAUCAACGUCACGUUCAUGCAGGUGGCUGGGCUGGACAAGAAGGCGGUGCUGACGGUGGCUGGAGAUGGUAAUGCUGGGGUCAAGAAGAGGAAGGGCGGCAACGAGGCGCUGAUGAUUCUUGGAGUUGAUGGGGACGUUACCAAGGAGGUGCUUGAGGACCUGGGCCGGUCUGAGGGCAUCCUGGAUGUCAACCUUGUGAGGCUUUAG